GCUGUUUAUAGUUCUGUUAUUUGUGUAUUACCAACCAUAUGUAGAGCGUAUUAUGUGAGUAUUUGUACACACCUAGCUUAUGAUAAUAUCAUUCUAGAAGCCUUCGCACAACUAAAAUAGUUUUAUAAAUGGUUUAGAAUAGCUGUUAAAUUUUCUUUUCAUUUACCUACGUAUUCUAAGACGAGUAAGUCCAUGAAACUAGACGCUUAGUAUGAUAAUAUUUUAUGGUGUGCACAGGGUAUCAACCAGGUUUCUUACGAAAUGAAAGCACAAGUCUAACGAUCCUUCCUAAACCACCACGCCUCACACCUCACUUCUCGAUUUAGCACCACCACGCACGCUUGACGCCGGGGUAGCCCGAACAGCCACAUUAUCUACUGCUCUCUUUCCCUCAGGUGCAUCUCGACCCAACCUGUGUUCCACGUACACGUCAAAUUGUUUGGAAUCAUAUUUUCUCAUCGCGUGGUUUUCGUUAUCGCCUUCCUAAUUUGAUGUGAGGGGCAGAAAAUCUGCUUACGGAAGGAGUGCAAAUAUGAACUCCGAAGCUGGAAAUGCUGGUGCUAGUAGACCUGUGAGUAUUUGGCAGCGAGCGGGAAGGAAGUUCAAGUUUGUUUCGAGUAACAAGGAGGCGGAAGGACAGGGGGAAGAUGGUAAUCAUUAUUUCUACUUUUGGCUGAUGGGUGUCUGUCGGCUUCAAGGCUUGAGAUUUGAGAAUUAAGGGCUGGGAUGGUUUGUUGUGGUCUCACACUUUUCAAGCUCAUCUCGUACUUUGAUUGAUUCUGCUGAGAUUUUGAAUAUGUUUUCUCCUUCAGUUUUCAUAUGCAUGAUCCUUAUAAGCUGUUCUCUCUGGAUUUGUUAUUCUGUGUUCACUUACUGCUAACUGGCUUCUUCACCUUAUGCAUUUUUUACUUCUCAAUGUCUUGAGCUCAAACACCUAGGCUUAUACUCACUAAGAAUAUCUCAGUAGGAGAGAAAGAAGAAGACAUUGCAACAACAGCUUUAUCUGCAAAGCAAAAACGAAGAGCCCAAGUCCGGAAGGCUCAAAAGUUCGUCUUCCUCAACUCUUCUUCCCCUUUCUACACCUCAUCCUUACACUUCAUACUAAUUUUGAAUAUAGAACACAGAGAAAUAAAGGCAAACUAUGCGUAACCUAGCCACCAGACCCAUUCCAAAUCAUCCUUUACCUCGCCAGACAGAAAGACUAAUCAUCUACUCAAGUAAACAUCUAGAACAAGAUAUUAUCGACCUCCGAUCCUUAAUUGCAAAGGCAGAAGCAGAGGCUCUCCUCGCUCAACAAGAAAAUAACGCUGUCAGAAAAGCCUUGCUACAAGCCCAAAUUCCGAUCUCGCUUCCUCAACAACCAAGUCAAAACACAGGAUUAGACCAACCAUUUACAUUCAAUCCCAAAGGCCCACUAGAACCGCCUCCCCUAAACAUCAAUGCCGGAGCUAUGAAGCCCCCAUCAGGCACUCAAGAGAUGCAAUGGUUUCCUACUGAAGGGAGUAUGAAAGUUAGUACUUUCUUUGACCAAGAUUUGAGCAAGACGAUUUUGAAAGUUAGUCCAAGGGAGAAUAAACCAAAGCAGACGGAAGGAGGUCAAGGUCAGGGAACGGCAGAAUUCGACGCUUUCCCAGAGAACAUUUUGAAGGAGAUGGAAUCAGAGGGGGAAUCAAGAUCCCUGGCUACCAGCCUGCCAAUUGGGAAACAACCGCCUCCCGAAGAACGACAGCCACAAACAAGCAUAUUAGCAGAGAAGGAGAUGGACUUCCCGGCUACAGCUGUGAAUUUCAUACUCGCGUCAGUCCCUCGCUUCCCUUAAUAUUUCUCCAAACUAACACCACCCCCAGCCUCGAACACCCAUGCCGCACCCACUUCCACGCCCCAGACCCAAUCUUCUCCCCCACAACCCCAGAAACAGGACACCAACUCCUCGCCUCAACUCUCCUCUACACCUCCGCUCCACCCCGCGUUUUCCCAGCCCUCUCAGCAGCCGUCCCCGUCCCCUCCUUCACGCACCCUUCCUCCUCGCUUUCUACCCUGCAAACACUCAAGCAGAUGUCUAAUUCGCUUCCCAAGGGCGAUUGGGAGAUCACGCCUGUGCAAGCGUGGUUUAGGUUGGUAGAUAAGUAUGGGAUUAGGUUUUUGAUGGAGGAAGGGAGGAUUGAGAGGUUGAGGAGGGCGUUGGUUGGGUUGGUGGAGCGUUUUGAGUUUGGGGUUGUGAUGGUUGAGAGUGAGUUGUGGGAGGUUGUUAGGAGGUGUUUUUUGGAUGUUGCGUUGAGGGAGGAGAGGGAGGGGGUGAGGGAGUGGAUUUGAUGCACUGAGAGGGGGUGUAAUAUGGCUAUUUCGACUUGAAACUUUAGCUUAUAGGUGAUGUGUACUUUAAGAAGCCUG